AUGGCAACCAUGGUAUCAUUUCACUCAUUUUUCUUCAUAUCUCUUGCAAUAUCCAUCAUAUUUGUCUCUAGAUUCUCCAUCACAAAAGCUAACAAUGGCGGUUUCACUGUAGAUCUAAUACACCGAGACUUGCCAAAAUCUCCAUUCCACAACCCUUCUCUAACUCCUUCACAACGCCUGAACAAUGCUUUGCAACGUUCAUUUCCCCGUGUCCAUCGUCUCAUGUCAUUCUCUCCCCUAUCAGCUUCAGCCAAUGUAACCCCCAAUGGUGGAGAAUAUAUCAUGAAGAUAUCAUGGGGACCCCAUCGGUUCAAAUUCCUGCAAUUGUCGAUACUGGUAGUGACCUUAUAUGGACACAAUGCUACAACUAGAAGCCUCAUCUCUUCAGCCCAAACAGUUCUUCUUCAUAUAAAGUGUGAUCUCGCCACUGAAACAGUAAAAUUGGGUUCCACCACCCUCCGCGACAUCAUUUUUGGCUAUGGACAUGACAAUGGCGGCACAUUUAGCAAUGCUGGAGCUGGCAUAGUUGGCCUCGGAGGUGGUCAAGUUUCGCUUAUCUCAUAG